CGGGCUGUUGCAACGUCCCCCUGAUCAUGCCAUGCGCACUGACGCUUGUUGUUGUUGAGCUGGUUGUUAUGGCUGGACAAGGCCUCGGACUAAACUGAGAGAGGUCCCCCCCUCCCCGCUCCACCCCGUCUCUGCUACGGGCCACCCGCCACCCAUGGAGGGCACGGACAUGGACGUAGAUGCGGAGCUCAUGCAGAAGUUCAGCUGCAUGGGCACCACGGACAAGGAUGUCCUCAUAUCCGAGUUUCAGAGGCUGCUGGGCUUCCAGCUCAACCCGGCAGGCUGCGCAUUCUUCUUGGACAUGACCAACUGGAACCUGCAGGCUGCUAUCGGUGCUUAUUAUGACUUUGAAAGUCCCAACAUCAACACGCCAUCCAUGUCCUUUGUUGAAGACGUGACAAUUGGGGAAGGAGAGUCAAUUCCUCCGGAUACGCCGUUCACAAAGACCUGGAGAAUACAGAACACAGGUGCAGAGUCAUGGCCACCUGGGGUUAGUCUCAAAUACAUUGGUGGGGAUCAGUUUGGCCAUGUAAACACAGUUAUGGUAAAGUCACUAGACCCCCAAGAAAUAUCAGAUGUGAGCGUGCAGAUGCGAAGUCCCACAGCUCCAGGCAUGUACCAGGGCCAGUGGAGGAUGUGCACAGCCACCGGAUUAUUCUAUGGAGAUGUAAUCUGGGUGAUUCUUAGUGUAGAAGUUGGAGGUCUCCUCGGCGUGACCCAGCAGCUGUCCUCCUUCGAGACAGAAUUCAACACCCAACCCCAGCGCAACGUGCAGGAAGACUUCAACCCCUUCGCCUCGCCUCAGAAGAACAAGCACGACGCCACUGACGACAGCUUCAGAGACCCUGGCGGAGCGUGGGAACGCACACAAGAGCCACUCCAGCAAGAUCAAAAUGGACUGUCUCAUAAUGCUGUAAAUAGGGCGUCAAAUGGACUCCAAACCAAUCUUUCUGUGGUGACUUAUGGUCAGGGCAUUCACGGACCCUAUCCAUUUGGACAGAGCUAGAACGACAAAGACCCCCCCCCCCCUUCCACCAUGGUGGAUGAUGAGCUGAACACCCUGGGAGUCCUUAAAACGUAGAGGAGUCUCGGGGGGGGGGGGAGGAACAGUUGUUUUUAUAUUGACUCAUGACAACCUUCUCCCACAUCUCCCUGGCCCUUUCCACUGAAACACAAACUCCAGUGAGCUGAUGGACUCUACCCGCUGCAGUGAAGCGUCCCACCUGACAUCCACACCUGGAUACGCAUGAGUGAAUGCUUCAUUUAAGAGUGCUAUAAAACCUUAAAAAUAGAUACACACGACUAUUUUUAUUUCCACUGUAAAACACGCCUAAUUAAAUGGAAAAUCAACCUAAACAACCUACAUGCAAUUUGUUAUUCCCUUGGACAGUAGAGUACUUUGUCUCCAGGGUUCCUACACAGGUCUAGCUGAGAAUACUUCAAAAUUAACUGUGAUCAUUUUGAGUCCUUGAAAAGCAUUUAAAGAAAGCCUGAACAUGUUUUGGGAUGUAUGAUUUAGGUGGGAAAAAGUCCUUGGAUCAUAAACAAUUUUCUUUGAGAUGAAAGCCGUUCACACGUUUCAUGUUAAACAACCAGUGGAGUAGAAUUGCUCUAGUUUUUGAAACGUUUUUCCUAUUCACAUUACAUGGGAUGGAUGCUAGAGAAAGAUUCCUGUGUUAACAGCGUUCACCCUUUUACACUAAACUGAGACGUUGUUUGAAACCCGGUUUGCAGAGCUAGGGUUCAAAGAGGGUAUUUCGAAUACUCAGUCAAAGAGACACAAGAAGAAAAACAGAAACAAACACACACACACCAUUUCAUUUAACUUAAUAAACGGAUUGGACUAAAAUUAUCCAUGUCCCCACACACAACAUUACAAGUCCAAUAAUACCAACACCUCCAUCAGAGGUUCAACUAGCUGUGCAGUGACAAAUCCAUGUUUAUCAUAUCUUAAAGAAAAACUAGUUUCUCUUUUACAUUCAAAGAGAUCAGAAAAAUAUUCUCAGUUUCAUCCAUUGCAAAGAAAAGAUGCCUGUGUAGGAACCCUGUCUCUCCCAAAGAUAAAAUCCAGAGAACAACGACACUAAUCUGUUCAGUCGAUUCAGACUGCAUGGGACGUGUAUGUGUGUGUAUUUUUUACGGUGGGUUUUUUGCUUGAAGUAGAUGCUGAAGGGUAAAAGGAUGAGUGAGUUUGAGCAAGUGGGGUGAGAGGAAGGGUUUAAAACAGCCAUCUAAAUCUAUUUUGCCUGGUGAGUGACUGUAGUUUCCUGUCGUGUGUGUGUAUGUUUUGGUUUCUCUUUGGAUUGAACUGACAUAAAACAAUGGUGUAUACUACUUGGGCAAAGGAUGACGUGUCUAUUCACAAAUCAGUAUGGAGAUCUUUUCUGUAUGUGUACCUCUGAAGUAUUGUUUUCGCACCAUUUUUGACUCACUAAUUGCCCUGUUAUUAUUUAUUUGCUGUGUUAUCCGCACUGCAGAUGCAAAAAGUCCCAUUUACAGCCAGCAGGUGGUGCUAAAAAUCAAAUGACCAACUUCAUCUUGACAUCAUGCUGAGUACAUUGCAAAGAAAAAGUGAUAAAUUGUUUUGAAUUGAAUAUGGAAAUGAAUGGUUAGUUUUAUUAGCUCUGACGUUCUGAUACUACUAUUUGCACAACACUGUCCACCACUUCUGAGGCUUAUUGUGGAUUGUGAUAACAGCAUUUCCCAGCAUUUGUAUUGGUUUGUUUUGCCUAUGUGUUCUCCUCUAAAGGCCUUUGUUCGCUGCUUUAAGUUUUAAACAGUCUGUUAAAGUGCUCAUGUCUGAUUUAAACAGCCUGUCUGCUAUCACCACCUGAAUUUGUUUUUUUACUUUAUACAUUUACUUUGUUCAUUAUGUAAGACAGUGCAUUUGUUACGUUAUGUCUUUAGGGUUUAAAAAUAAUAUGGAAAAGUUA